CCUCACUGGCUUUCCUUCUGCAUUCAUGGCAACCGUACAGUUUCUUCUCUUGCUGCUGCUACAUGCCACGCAGCUUAUCCAUGCUAGUCCGACAACCACCUACGAGGUCCCGCUAGGCAACGAAGCUUUCGGAGAGGAGCCCGGACCUUCCGAGUUCUGGUACAAGCUGAUUGUCAGCAUUGCUCUCGUUCUUGCAGGUGGUGUGUUCGCGGGGUUAACUCUGGGUCUGAUGGGACUGGAUGAGUUGCACCUCCGCGUCCUCGCUACAUCGUCGGAUGACCCAGUCGAGAGAAAGAAUGCGCAGAAGGUUCUGCGACUUCUAACUCAUCGCCGCCAUUGGGUAUUGGUGGUGUUGCUUUUAGGCAAUGUUAUCGUAAACGAAAGUCUGCCUGUAUUCCUGAAUAGUGCUCUUGGUGGGGGUUUAGCGGCAGUCAUCAUUGCUACAACAAUGAUAGUGAUAUUUGGCGAAAUCAUACCUCAGGCCGUUAGUGUCCGGUAUGGCCUCUCAGUUGGCGCAUCAUGCGCUCCCAUUGUGUUGGGCAUGAUGUAUCUAUUCGCGCCUAUCGCAUGGCCCAUUGCGAAACUUUUAGACUACCUCCUGGGCGGAAACGACGCGCACACGUACAAAAAGGCUGAGUUGAAAUCCUUCUUGGCAUUUCAUCGUCAGGGAGAAGAGCCAUUACGCGACGAGGAAAUUAGUAUUUUGAACGGCGUGCUGGAGCUCAACAAUAAACACGCAGAAACUAUUAUGACACCGAUGAAGGACGUUGUUACGAUUAGUUCAGAUCAGAUUCUCGACCACGAUACCGUCGAUUUAAUAUUGCGAAGCGGAUAUUCGCGCAUUCCAGUGCACAGGCCAGGAAGUCCGCUUGCAUUCGAAGGACUACUGCUCUUGAAGAAGUUGAUCAUAUAUGACCCCUCUCAACGACUGCCCGUUUCGUCGUUUGCGCUUUCAAUUUUGCCCGAGGCGGAUCCGUCAAUCAAUUGUUUCCAGGCUCUGGACUACUUCCAGACCGGCCGCGCGCAUUUACUACUGCUUAGUAAAACUCCUGGAGCGGAGGGUGGCGCGAUAGGCGUGGUCACUCUCGAAGACAUCAUCGAGGAAAUCAUAUCAGAGGAGAUUGUAGAUGAGACAGACCGCUAUGAAGAUAACCAAAGCAAGCGCCGUGCAAGGCGUCUCAAGAACGCGGCAGUGAUGCGGGGCAUCGUUGAAUACCAUGUCAGUCGAAGGAACUCCCAAAACACUGUCCCCACAACGAGCGAACGUAUGCCACUCUUCAGCCGAAACAACAGCGGUACACCGUCGCAAACCAGUAGGAGUCGGGUCGAUACAGUGCAGAGCGGCACUGAAUGUUCAACGCCGUCGUCGGUCGGAAGUCUGCAUUCGGAACGUACGAUAAUGCCUGAUAGCAAUGGUAUGACAGUGCCGCAGUAUGGCAGUGUGGCGGUCGGAUCACCAAAGGUUGUGCCGGGGGAGAUGAACGGAUCGGAAUCAAAGUGACUGCAACCACUUAUAUGUGUCUCGUACGGACUGGCAGUGCAUCUAUUUGUUCAAAGGCUGAUCAUUUCGGCUAGCAGGGUUCAGUCUCCAGUUAGCGCACUUGGGCCAGCUCUAAUGAUUUCCCUUGGUGUGACAUAUAUGUGCUCCUUACGUUGGGAAGACCUUUAUGAAACUCAGAGUGUCAGGUUUAGGACCAGCGUUAGAGGGGAGAUGCAGUUCUCGACAACGCAGCAAAGUAUAUCCCUGGCAGGCUUACCUGAGCUCCCAUCCUCGCCAACAUAUAUCCUACCGGUGGUACCGAAGUGUAAGUACUACUGCCUUUUAGUGUAUUAGUCAAGAGCACUGGCAGUUUCUGUUCCUUUCACGAGACAAGCA